AUGCACCUCUUCAUCCGCCACCUCAGCCUGGCCGACCUGGUGGUGGCCUUCUUCCAGGUGCUGCCGCAGCUGUGCUGGGAGGUGACGCACCGCUUCCACGGCCCCGACGGGCUGUGCCGCGUGGUGAAGCACCUGCAGGUCUUCGGCAUGUUCGCCUCGGCCUACAUGCUGGUGGCCAUGACGGCCGACCGCUACAUCGCCGUGUGCCACCCGCUGAAGACGCUGGAGCAGGCCACCAAGCAAAGUUUCAGGCUUGCGUGCAGCUUUUGGUUUGCUGUUAGAAGAGCUGCGAGUAUCAGAGCGUCUGAGAGGGUAAUAAAUGCAGGGAAGAGCACACACAAUGAAGAUCAAGCCAGCUGUGAAGUGCUCUUUGUCAAGAAAAAAACCGGAGGCACCAAUUCUACACCAAAUAAGAACUCAUCAACAAAACGGAGGUCAUCGCUGCCAAAUGGAGAAGGUCUGCAACUGAAGGACAACUCGGACACAGAUGGGAUCAACCUGUACUACUGGUCCCUGUUUGAUGGACAUGCUGGUUCAGGGGCAGCCGUCGUUGCUUCUAAACUGCUUCAGCACCAUAUCCUGGAGCAGCUGCAGGAGCUCGUGGACAUCCUGAGGAACUCAGCCAUCCUCCCACCGACGUGCCUGGGAGAGGAGCCUGAGCACACAACAGCCAAUAGCAGGACGCUGACGCGGGCGGCCUCACUGCGUGGUGGGGUGGGGGCCCCGGGCUCGCCCAGCACACCUCCAACACGCUUCUUCACGGAAAAGAAGAUCCCACAUGAGUGCCUCGUAAUUGGGGCAAUAGAAAGUGCGUUCAAGGAAAUGGAUUUACAAAUAGAACGAGAGAGAACUGUGUAUAAUAUUUCUGGUGGCUGCACAGCCCUUGUUGUGGUGUAUUUAUUGGGGAAGCUUUACGUGGCAAAUGCUGGUGAUAGCAGGGCUAUAAUAAUCCGAAAUGGUGAAGUCAUCCCAAUGUCUUCAGAAUUCACUCCAGAGACUGAACGCCAGCGACUUCAGUAUCUGGCUUACAUGCAGCCCCACUUGCUGGGAAAUGAGUUCACACAUUUAGAGUUUCCACGGAGGGUGCAGCGCAAGGAGGUUGGAAAGAGGAUGCUCUACCGCGACUUCAACAUGACUGGCUGGGCAUACAAAACCAUUGAGGAAGACGACUUGAAGUUUCCUCUUAUAUAUGGAGAAGGCAAGAAGGCUCGGGUUAUGGCAACAAUUGGGGUGACCCGAGGACUGGGAGACCAUGACUUGAAGGUGCACGACUCCAAUAUCUACAUCAAACCUUUCCUGUCCUCAUCUCCUGAGGUGAGAGUCUAUGACCUUCUGCAGUAUGAGCAUGGGCCAGAUGAUGUUCUCAUCCUAGCUACUGAUGGACUCUGGGAUGUGCUGUUAAAUGAAGAAGUGGCGGAAGCUGUCACUAGCUUUCUACCAAACUGUGACCCUGAUGAUCCCCACAGAUACACGUUAGCGGCGCAGGACCUGGUGAUGCGAGCCAGGGGAGUGCUCAAGGACAGGGGCUGGAGGAUAUCCAACGACAGACUGGGCUCUGGAGACGACAUUUCUGUCUACGUCAUUCCUCUAAUACACGGGAACAAACAGUCAUGAAAGUAGCACCAAGAGUGGUUCUAGGAAGGAGAUCUUUUUAGGGAGGGCCCGUAAGAGGCAGUAACGUUCAUGACAACCUGACCGGGACUUUUCCAAUUGAUAUAACCUAUUCUAAACUAAAGUUGGAGGGGUAUUUUUCUGCCUGAAAGGUGGGCUCCACACAUAUACUGUAUAUUAUUAAAGAUAUCUCUUAAGAUUACAACUCCCCUAUAGAAAUGGUUUUGGUGCUUAACAGGAACGGGAUUUACAUGCUGCUAGCAUAUUAUGGAUUCUGUGGUCCCUCCAGGUGAAGACCUGAAAUAGGUUUUUGUUUUUGUUUUGUUUUGUUUUUCAGUUUACCAUGUAGCUUGGAAGAGCCAUUUUAGUUGUGAAAAUAGAAAUGGGUAUCAGAAGCCAAGGAGACUCCUGAAAUCCACGCUCAAAUGUUCAGAGCAUUGACUUGGGCCACAUCUCAUUUUAAAAAAAAAAUAGAGAUAUAUAUAUGAGACACUCCAAGUUUUUGUUCUUUCAAAAAAUUGCUCUCAUGACUUAUCUAUGGACAACUUCGAACUUGUGUAAUCCUUUGAAUCCCCUUUUUUCCCCUCUUGUCUUUUCUUCAGUAGCACUCUGGGACUCUACGCUUCCUAUGUUUUAGAGAGAAAACUGAAAUUGUUUUCAGUGGGACUAUGUCUGUUCUACUGCAGCUAAAACAGCUAUCUGCAAAAUAGUCCAGGAGAAUAGAUCACAGUCUUGCAUCGCAAGAUUUAUUCUAGUAUCAGGAAUUAUUUGUCGAGAUUCUCUGGUGUCUGUAUACUGUGAUUAUGCCGAAUGAGCAAACCCUGCUCUGUGUGGUGUUUACCUGGAAGCCCUGGUUUCUUUGGGAUCAGAGAUUUUCAUUCAUUGAAUGGUUCUGUCUCCUUUAUCCUGUUGAAAGGAUCCCUGAAUAUACAGCUUUUGCAUCAGUUGGGAUUCAGUAAAUUUAUUUGGGCUCCUGCGUGUAUUUUCAGUUGAGUUUCUACUUGAAGUGAUGGUUUUGUUUUGGUUAUCCGUUUAGAUACCCAGAUAGUGAUCUAUUUAAAAAAAAUCAUUUUUCUUCUUCCUGCCUCACCUCUUAUUCAGUAUACCCUGCCUGCUUGACUUGUGAUCAGAACAUAACAGCUUAUAACUUUCUGUCCUUUUGCUAUUGAGGACUGCAGUUCAGGAUCAGAAGAUCACUGUGGUAGUUAACAAGCCCUUGGCUAACUUUAUCAGCUCUUUCUUAGCAGUGCUUAAUCAAUUUUAAAAAAAGAAAAUCCAAUUAAAGUAUUAUCAGAGUAAAAGCAAUAGUCCAAGAGGGAACCAGCUGAGCAAAUUUACAGCUCAUCCUAGCUACCUGUUCUUCAAGCAGACAGCUCUUCGCUUCAUGGGCAGGAAUUAGAGAAGGAAAUCAGAAGGUUCUUGUGUAUAGACAGGUAUAUUGGCCGGGGAGCCAAAUUCAACCUGAAUAGCCCCCCGCCUACGUUCUUUUGGACCUGCUAAUCCCGCUUAUACGUUAAAGCUGCCUCUUGGGUAGCCAAAAGACGUGGAGUUGACAUAAUCGUAGAGCACUGACUAGGCAUCUCACAAAUGUCAUGUCUACCAAAGGAGAGAGUGACAGCUAUAUGAGAGGAUGCUGUCCUUCGUGUUCCCUGGGGUGUGCAGACUUUCUCCUGAACAGGAGUGGCCUAGAGCUUGCCAUUUUUGUAAUUUGUAGUGUGCUAUGUAAACAAAGUACCAUGUGUGUUCGGUGUAGUUGACCAGAUGUUUUAUUCCAUUGCAUCCUGAGGUACGUGUUCAGCAAUUGCAGCGAAUUUAAAAUUCCCUUUCUCUAAAUCUGCAGACUAGGUAGGAGCGGCAGCCUGAGGUGAGGCAGUGUAGAGUGCGUAACGGCUCAAACAUGCAGCAAACUGCAUGAUUUUGGCCUGAAGACUGUUCCAUGGGUUCCACAGUGCCUGCAUGUGAUAAAGCUGUGUGCAGAAUGACGUUUUAUAUUCUAGAGCUUCUACAUAAAUCAAUGGCAUAUCUGAUUCUGUACUGUCACACUUGAUUUUUUCUUUCCUUUCCUUUUGUUCUUUUUUAACUCCUUUCCCUUUACUUCUUUUUCUGUGUGCGAUUGAAUGAAAACAGAUUCGCAGGCAUGAAGUCUUGAGUAUUUUUCACAUGGCCCCUCCUAUGUUUUAAAAUUCAAGCAAGAGAUCUUUCUCUUGUACCUUUUUUUUUUUUUUUUUUUGCCUAAUAAACUUAUAAACGUGCUUUUCAUGGUCUGUGUAACUCCUGUUGUCUCUUCGCAAAUGCAGUUGUGUAGUCCUCCGUGACUCAGAUCCUCUUUAAUGAAG